AUGGCAGCACCAAGGCAUCCCAGUCUGACGAGUAGCUAUGGCGACCGGGCAGCGAGCGCGACACACCCGCUGACGACCUAUCUCCUCCGUUUAAUGGAACUCAAGCAGUCGAACUUGUGCGUGUCCGCCGAUGUACACAGCGCGCGAGAACUUCUAUCUUUGGCCGACAAGGUUGGUCCCUCCAUUGUCGUCCUGAAAACGCACUACGACCUUGUCUUGGGGUGGGACUUUAACCCACAAACGGGCACUGGUGCGUACCUCGCGGCUCUCGCUAGGAAACACGGCUUCCUCAUCUUUGAGGAUCGCAAAUACUGCGACAUUGGCAGCACGGUGCAGCAGCAGUAUGUCGGUGGUACUGCGCGGGUCAUAGACUGGGCACACAUCGUCAAUGCGAACAUCUCGGCGGGCAAGCCAAUGGUUGGAGCAAUGGCCGAAGCAGCGGCCAAAUGGCGGGAGAGGAUCAACUACGAGGUGCGGACGAGCGUCACAGUUGGUACGCCUAUAAGCGAUGGAUUCGAGAGUGACAUCGAGGAGAUGGACGAGGAAGAAGACGAGACUGCUACGGCGCGCGCCGGGAACGGUCAGAGGAAGGCCUCUGCACUAGAGACGAGGGACAUCAACAUGAUGGCACCACCGCCACCGCCCCGAGACGCCGAUGGACGUAAGGGCAGUAUCGUGAGCAUCACGACAGUAACACAGUCUUACGAACCCGCCGAUUCCCCCCGCUUGUCCAAAAGCCUAUCCGACGUCGAUGACAUCGUCUUUGCUGGCAUUGAGGAAGCACCACUCGAAAGGGGUCUGCUGCUGCUGGCACAAAUGUCCAGCAGCGGUAACCUCAUGGACGCCCGCUACACAAACGCAUGCAUCGAGGCAGCAAGGGAGAACAAGGACUUUGUGAUGGGAUACGUCGCGCAGGAGAGCCUGAACUCGAAGCCCGAUGACAACUUCAUCCACAUGACUCCAGGCUGCAAGCUGCCGCCCGAGGGCGAGGAGGAGAAUGGCGAAGAUAUCGAGGGCGAUGGAAUGGGUCAACAGUACAACACACCGUCGAAGCUGAUCGGCAUAAAGGGCACGGACAUUGUCAUCGUGGGAAGGGGUAUCAUCAAGGCGGGAGACCCGCAGGGUGAGGCAGAGAGAUACCGAGUGAGGGCGUGGAAGGCUUACACGGCAAGGCUGAGGAAUUAA